UCACUUGAACAGCACUGCAUUACAGUUCAUUUCUAUUCAUCUGUGAAGUAAUACUCGAGCUCCACAAAAACGAAUCCAAAAAAAAAACUAAAAUAAAAGUUGAAGCAAACUUCAUAUACAUACAUAUAAAAAAAAUACGAAAAGCAGCCGCCAGGAUGUUCCGCCAGAUGGAUAUGCGAGAGGCUAUCCUCUCCAGAGACUUAAAGUGCUCCCUCCUAUACGACUCGCAGCGUCAAAUGAAGUUCCUGGAUGUCGUUGUAGUGCUACCUAAGCCGCCUAAGGAGCCUAAGGAGCCUAAGCGCACAGCCCAUCAGCCCUGCGAGCGGUACAAGAGCUCAAACAGUAUUGAUCGCAUACUGUGGGAGGAGGAACCAGAACCAGUGGAUCCAUACACAGAGCUCCUGCCAUUGGGCCAAAAGUCAGUGGCCAUCUGCAAGGAAGAGUUCUUCCAGCAGAAGGCCAACAAUGGGUUCGGUAAACGGAUAAAACCGUUCUCCGGCCCCUGCCAUAAUGUGCAGCCGCAAAUGCUGAUGGCGGAUAUGAUCGCCGUACUUAACCGCAGGGCGCCCAAGGAAGCCAAGCAAGAUUAUGACGAGGAUUCACAAAAUCUAGAGCCGGAGGAAUCACUAGAAGACAAAGCGAUUGAAGAUCGCAUCAAUGAGGCCAUGCUCUACUUCAUAGAAGCGUCAAACCCUUUGAUAGACGACCAAUUGGAAAUUCUGUCCAAGCUUAUGAACUCCAAAGACGAUACGAACCAGCAGCCACAGGAGCAGGAUCCCAAUGUGGUUAAACGUAAGAAAAAUAAGAAGAAGCCCCAAAAGCGGAACCGCAAGAGGAAUAAGGGCUAUAUACCAAACAAGGAUAGCACUUUGGACUGUCCUGAGGAGGCUAAUGCUGAGUCUGCUUCGGGGCAGACCACCAACCUGGACCCUGAAGGCGCAGCAAAGACCGAUGCUGCCCAUGACAAGACCCUGGACACAGGCGCCAGCAUUGAACUCCAAGCGAACCCCAAUUCCGAAGAAGCUGAAGAGUUGCUUGGACGCUUGUCUUUUUCCUCAAAGGUGGGCGAGGACACAAACGAGAAGCCCAACAACUUGGAAGCCAAAGAUGAAAUUGUGGUCGAUGCAGCAGGAGAGCAAGCUCGAUGCCCUUUGCAGUGACACUUUAAAAUCAAUUUUCACAUCUUUUGGCCUUUAUUGGUUUAAAUUCUACUUAUGGUCCGCUGUUUAAACGCCUCUGAGAACAGUU